UAUGGCAUUCCUACUCGACUUCCUCUUCUUUCUCCAUUUACGACUCUUCACAAAUGUCUUGGGCUCGCUGUGACGUAUUUGCGGGUCUCCGCCACAGGACGUGCGUGAUUCCCGCUCCAGAUCCGCACCAGACAUUCCGUACAUUCGUAAGUGUCUCUGUAUGUUUAUGAUUGCCUAAAGCGAAAGCCCACAGUUAAUUUACCUAACCUGCCGCGUCCAUCACUUGUGCUACAGCCGUUUAGCACAAGCCUGCGAAAACGACAGACAAAAUGUGGAUUUAAAUUCCUGACGUGCGGCGAUAAAAUAACGCGUGUUGACUUCAGUCCCGCGGAUAGUUAAAAUGAUGCAUCCACCACUAUGGAGAGCCCUGUUUCUGAUGACCGUAUUCUACCAGCUUGGGAUGGCAGGCAAAUAUGGCUGUUUAUUUGAGAAGAGGCUGUGCCCCAGGGAGCAGUUCUGCUCUGAUGAUCGCCUUUUCGGACAGUGUCGGAGAUCUAGGCAGGAACAGGUUCAGUACCAGGUCUCUGUUCCUGUACUUCAAAGACUACAGGAAGUGCUCAAACAGUUGAUGAUUCAGGGAUUCUCCUGGCAGGAUGACAUCACCCAGCACAUCAUUGCUAAGGAACUGAGCCGUAUUCCUCGCGCACGCACCCAAAAGACCCAGAAUGCACUGCCUUCACAGCAUGCAGCUAAGAAGAUCUAUUCCAGCUCUAACUCUGAGCCUGGACCAGUACAGAGCUAUAUGGAUUACAUGAUCUUAGACCCCCGCCAGUCCUCCUCACUCCGGAUGCAGGCCCUACCUAUGGAACCAUUCUCAUACCUACAGGAAGACAUGACCCAUUCUCUCCAUCCUCACACCAGUGUGGGAUACCAGCAACCCUCCUCUCGAACUGGAUCCCAGCAGAGAGACAGAGACCGUCAGCUCCUGGAAGAUGCUGUGUCUCGCUACCUCUCCUCUGCACAGCCCUCUUUUCGCCACAGGGGGGCAGCAGCCCUCACUGCUGCCCCAUACUAUGAAGAUCUCGACUUCCCAUUGGACUACGGAGAGGAAUACACUCUAAAGGGGCAACCAGGCACACCCCAGCACACCAACAAGAAAGUCCCUCAGGACUACAGCUCUUUUGCUGAACUUGAUGAGGACACACUGGCACAGCUGGCCACUCUGUUAGAAGGUUUUGGGAUAAACCCACAAGACCUGAACCCUCAGCAGAUAAAAAGACUCACUCUACUGUUACAACUGUUACAAAACAUGGAGAACACAGAUCAAUCCCCAGGGACGGUCACAGUAAAAGAGACAAUGGUAGAAGGCAGUGAUAAAGUGACACAAAAAGGAGCCAAACCCCUCUCACCUGUCGCAGAUUUGCCCUCGACCCCAACAUACAAGCUGUCCCCUACUAAGCCCCCAUCCACACCAGCCCCUGCAACUGUGCCUAAGAAAGACAGCGAGAGCACUAUUAGGCCCACCCUGUCAGCAAAAGACCUGGAUUUGAAAGAAAAAACAGCCAAUGUCCUGACAGUCGCUAAGGAUGGGACAAAUACCAGAGAAGAGUAUGGCUACAUUGUCACUAAUCAGAGUCCUUUAAGUCUAUAUGAUGGAGUGAAACUCUUAGAGACCCUGGCAGAGAGAAUUCAUCUCUCCACAAGCAGUUUUAUCAACAUUAGCGUGGUGGGUCCUGCCCUAACGUUCAAGAUCAGACAGAACUCUCUGAAUCUCAGUGCUGAGGAUGUGGCCAAUAAAGCUGUAGCUGAGAAGAAUUUCCUCGAGGGUGAGACAGGUUUGAAAAUCAUCCAGACUGGAGUGGGAGAGAGGAGCGAAGGGCGUGGUUUGCCUCAGGCCACACGGGUAGGGGAGGGCUCACAUGGGGUCGUUCUGACAAUGGUUGCCAUGGCAUGUGUGGGCAUGGUGUUGUUGGUUGCCUUGGGAAUUGCCUGUCUUCGCCACCACACCCGUCAGAUAGCCGCAGGCAAAUUGGGUCUGGGACCAGAAGCUGGCGUGGAAACCCACUUUGACUACCAGGAGCUGUGUCGCCAGCACAUGGCAGCCAAGUCCUCGUUCACCCGUCCGGAGCCAGGCGGUCGGCGGGGGACCGACACGUCUCGAGUCAGCAGCGUGUCGUCUCAGUUCAGCGACGGACCGCAGCACAGCCCCAGCUCUCACAGCAGCACACCAUCCUGGAGUGAAGAGCCCGCACAGUCCAACAUGGACAUCUCCACUGGACACAUGAUACUGGCAUAUAUGGAGGACCAUAUGAAGAAUAAGGACCGUUUGCAGAAAGAGUGGGAGGCUCUGUGCUCGUACCAGGCUGAUCCGAGCUCCGUCGCUAUUGCCCAGAAUGAAAGCAACCUGGAGAAGAACCGCUAUGCUGACUUUGUGCCCUAUGACCAUUCACGAGUGAAACUAAAGGCAGAGACCAACCCCUCCAAAGAAGACUACAUAAAUGCAAGCACUAUAAUUGAUCAUGAUCCACGCUUACCCGCUUAUAUUGCCACUCAAGGACCAUUGGCACACACUAUUGCUGAUUUCUGGCAGAUGGUAUGGGAGAAUGGGUGUACUGUUAUAGUGAUGAUGACAGCUCUAGUGGAGGACGGAGAGAAACAGUGUGAACGCUACUGGCCCGAUGAAGGAUCUUCUCUGUACAACAUCUAUGAGGUGAAUCUUGUGUCCGAACACAUCUGGUGCAAAGACUUUUUGGUUCGUAGUUUCUACCUGAAGAACGUUCAGACUCAAGAGACCCGCACUCUGACCCAAUUUCACUUGCUGAGCUGGCCCACACAAGGCAUUCCCUCCUCCACGCGACCCCUGUUGGACUUCCGCAGGAAAGUAAACAAGUGCUACAGAGGACGCUCCUGCCCAAUCAUUGUGCACUGCAGUGAUGGUACUGGCAGAACUGGCACCUACAUUCUUAUUGACAUGGUACUUAACCGCAUGGCGAAAGGUGUGAAGGAAAUUGAUAUUGCUGCGACACUGGAGCAUAUUCGUGAUCAGAGACCAAGUAUGGUACGCACGAAGGACCAGUUUGAUUUUGCCCUAACAGCUGUGGCAGAAGAGGUGAAUGCCAUUCUGAAAGCCCUUCCUCAGUGAGCCACAUUCCACUGUGUUCCUAUUACACCCUUCUGCUUACAUAUUUCUGUUUUUGUGCACUUUACGUCAGAAAUUUAAACCAUACUCACUUUGUAAAAGACAAUGAAAGAUUUCGGUGUACUGGAAAUAUUUUACAGGGGCCAAAUUCUUCAGUCCUUACUGUGUUUCAGGGAGAACCGUAGCUUUAUGCGACAUUAUCAUUCUAAACUCUGCAGUAAUUUAAAGUGACCUAAUUCUUGAUGAUUGACAGUAGUGUUGUCUUUUUUACAAGUAUAUUUAAUGUUUGAUGUUUCAAAUGCAGAGUCUCUACAUUUACAUUCUCCAAAUGCUUUCUCUACCUUGGAAUGGCCAAAAAUGCAAUUCAUAUGUCAAAUGUGUAAAAUAAAAAACAUGUCUCAUGCUGUCUAACAUGAGCACACAGUAUAUGCACAGCCACGUCAUCAUGUUCCUGUAAAAACAUUCUGUGCUUUCACAUUCUUAAUGUCUAUUGCAGCUUUUACGUUGUGUGAUCACUGUAAAUAAUUCACUAAGAGCUGUUUUUGUCUGUUCCUGUUGCAAAUGUUUCGAAAAUUAUAUAAAAAAAGAAAGAAAUUUAUGUUUAUACUAUUCCAGUCUAAAACUAUAGUUUUUAAAUGGUUCUGAAUUAAACGUCAAUCUGUGU